GGGGCGGGGCUCGGCCCCAGCUGGAGGGUGCGCUUUCGUUUCCCCCAAGCCGAGCCUGGGGAACUAGGAAAACUCACCCGAAAUCCAGUCUGUCCGUAGCGCCCAGCCCUCUCCUCCGAUCCAGCCGGUCCAUGGGUUUGGAAGCUGCCUCCUCUAGGCCCAUGGAGACACUUGUCUUCAUGGACCUAGAAGCCACGGGAUUGCCAUUCUCUCAGCCAAAGGUCACAGAGCUGUGCCUGGUGGCCAUCCACAGACAUGCUUUGGAGGGGCUCCAACCUGCACCUCCAACAGAGGGCUCUUCCCAGGUGCCGCUGCCACCCAGGGUGGCCGACAAGCUCUGCCUGUGUGUGGCACCAGGAAAGGCUUGUAGCUCCGCAGCCAGCAAUCUCACUGGCCUGAACACAGCCAUGCUGACUGCCCACCGAAGGCGACGUUUCGACUCUGGUCUUGUUGACCUAAUCCAGGCCUUCCUUCAGCGGCAGCCACCCCCUCUCUGUCUUGUGGCCCACAACGGAGACCGAUUUGACUUCCCCUUGCUGCAAGCUGAGCUGAGCUGGGCAGGGGUAGGCCCAGAUGCCCUAAGUGGUGUCUUCUGUGUGGACAGCAUUGCAGCCCUGAGAGCCCUGGACCGCUCUGGCCCACCCCGUGAAUCCAGCCAAAGGAAGAGCUACAGUUUGGGUAAUGUCUACACCCGCCUGUAUGGCCAGGCUCCACCAGACACCCACACAGCUGAGGGUGAUGUCCUUGCUCUGGUCAGUAUCUGCCAGGCCAGGCCCCAGUCACUGCUGCACUGGGUUGAUGCUCAUGCCAAACCCUUCAGCAGCAUCAAACCCAUGUAUGAAGCGGGAGCUGUGACCAACCAGGGAGCUGCCAUUGAUACAGAGACAAAGACUGAACGCCAGAAGCUACGGGCAGCCACCAACCUGGCCACAUCAGGGGAUACCAGCCCAGCUGGAAGGAAGAGGAGACCUAGAUCAGAGGCUCCCUCCCACUCCAGGAACAUCCCUGCGACCUCACAUUUGAACACGUCCCACCUGCUGGCAGUGUUGGGCCCCCUGGUCAUCUUAACCAUAGCAGUAGCUUUGUACUGGGUACCCUGGUCAUUCUAACCAUGUCAUUCACAUUGUCCUGGAUACCCCUUGAUCUCAUCCAGACUUUGGAUGGAGGGUCAGCUGGUGUUUUCAGGUCCAAAGGAGGGGCUGAUGGAUAUAUUGUAAAACCAACUUAUAAAUAAAAAUUAGAACCCAACACGUGGCCUAGACCAUAGGAACCUAACGGGCCUGAUCCA